ACAGAAGAGGAGACAGUCUCAGGGAGGCCCGGCUGCAUGAUCGGGUGACACACACAGGGAGUGUGGAGCUGGCCGGUGGCGGGGAGCUUUAAGGUGGCCACCCAGGAGAGGAACCCCCAGAGAGCCCAGAUGAGGCUGCGGAGGCAGAAGAAGGGCGUGGUCCCCUUCCUGGGGGAUUUUCUGACUGAGUUACAAAGGUUGCAUUCGGCCAUCCCGGACGAUCUGGAUGGCAACACCAACAAGAGGAGGAAGGAGGUCCGUGUUCUGCAGGAAAUGCAGCUGCUCCAAGUGGCUGCCAUAAAUUACAGGCUUCGGCCUCUGGAGAAAUUUGUCACCUGUUUUUCAAGAAUGGAGCAGCUCAGU